ACCAUUCCCGGCCAAGUAAACCGCCUACAGUCGCAUCCUCACCGCCUACAGUCGCAUUCUCACCGCUUCCGCCUGCUCUCCAUCGGCGAUGGCCGCUGCCGCCGCCGCCGCUACCCUUCGCCUCCCCUUUACCCUCCCACCUCGUGUCCUUCCGCGCUAUUCCAGUGGAGUUCGGCCUGGUAUCUUCGCCGCCUCGCGGUCCUUCUCUCCCCUCACCCGUCGCCUCCGCCUCCACCGACUCAAACCUGCUCGCCCGGGUCUCCCCAAGUUCCAAGUCAGAUCCGCACGGGCCGAGUCUCAAGUCGUCACUCUCGGCUCCCGAGCUCCCCAUUUCGAGCUUUCGGAGCCUCUAACGGGAAAAAUUUGGACCUUGGAAGAUUUCGAGUCUUGCCCCGCGCUUUUGGUGAUGUUCAUUUGCAACCAUUGCCCAUUUGUUAAGCACUUGAAGAAGGAUAUUGCCAAGCUUACAAGUUUCUAUAUGGGGAAGGGGCUUGGUGUAGUUGCUAUCUGUUCAAAUUCCAUCAUUACUCAUCCACAGGAUGGACCAAUGCUUAUGGCUGAAGAAGCUAAACUGUUUAAGUAUCCUUUUCCCUAUCUGUUUGACGAGUCGCAAGAUGUUGCCCGGGCAUUUGGAGCUGUAUGCACGCCAGAAUUUUUUCUCUUUAAAAAGGAUGGAAGAAGGCCAUUUGAGCUGUUUUAUCAUGGGCAGUUUGAUGACUCACGACCUAACAACAAUGUGCCUGUAACAGGAAGAGACUUGAGUCGUGCAAUAGAUUGUGUUCUCAGUGGCCAAGUCUUAUCUUCUGCACAAAAGACAAGUGUUGGAUGUAGCAUAAAAUGGCACCCUUGAGAUGGAUUCUUCUCCCCAUGAUGUUACAAAUUCCCAGCACUGAAAAGGAGUUUUAAUUCUGUGAAUUGGCAGCUUCAAAUUUUGUGUUCGGUAGUUAAAUGCUGGGAAACACAGACUUCUUUUCUGGGGCUACCACUGUAUGUAGACAGAAAAGGUCUGUUUAUAUAUUCAAUGCAAAAAUAUGGUUUGCAUAAAUACAUCAAGAAUUUGUUCUUGAAUAAUUAGUAAAUUUGUACAUUUUAUAAUUCGUUAUUGCAAA